GGUGACUUCACUUGACUUGACUUAAAUUCGAGAAGGCCGAAAGUCAUCCAUAAAGUGGAUUGCUUCUAUGAAGGUUCUUCAAAUUCAAUAUGUUUUGCUUUUUUCAGAUUUUCGUCGGACCAGUCCACGUCUUUCGACACCUGACUGCGUUUACUUUUGAAAACCUAGGUGAUUGGAAGUGUUGUUGGCGUUUGUUCAGAGCAUUGUAAUCUGAGUUCUCCUGACAUCAUGGGGACACCUUUUCUAAGCUUUCUCCCAGCUGUCUUAUGUGGAGGAUAACCCUCUUUGUACACAUGGAGUUCAGAUGAGCCAGAAAUGUGUAUUUGACAGACAAAACAACUUCGUAAUAUUAUGAAAUAUCUGUAUCAAUAUGAAUUGACUCGUGCAAAAUUGAUUAAAUUCACCGAAACUUUUCCUUGAGGCCGCUAUUGCCGGCUAGAUAGAAUUCGAAUCCUGGUUCUUGAUUAUUACAAUGAGGCAAGUUAUCUUCUGAAUGGGGUGCAUGAAGGAUCUUCGGAGACUAAGAUAUGAGACUGAAAGAUAUAUACUUAUUAAGCUACAACUUCCAGUUUUUUCGCGCAUUUUUCUGCAGCGAGCUGAAACCUAUCACUCUACGAGCCCCAAUACUAACCAAAGACGUUAGAAGUCCAUAAACUGUUCCGGACCAUUGGAGUCCGAAAAUGUCCUUUCUGGACAUUUAGCCAUCCACGUUCUGAAGGUUUGCCAAUUGCCGUCGUCAGGAACAAUCGGCGCGCACGAAAGCGGUCGAUGACAAUUUCUCUCAGGGCAUGAUGAGUUUACAAUCCCCGUCUGCGCAUCUGCUUCGGCUUGCAAUUUCGAUAAAUUGAAGCGCAUAACUAUUUGGAGACAAAACAGAGUGUCGCCUGCAACCCCGCUCAUGAUGGUAACGGAAUCGGGAGCUGGACUACUUCGACGGAAGAGCUUCAACGCCUGGUUCAGAUCAACGUCAAUUGAAAUCUCGUAACUCUGCUAAAGCACCUUCUCGUUAUGCUCGAUCCGAAUUCCUGAGGUACGCUCCCCUGAAUUCCAAUCACUUGAAUGAUUAGUCGCUCAUAAAUCGUCCGUUCCAUGGUCAUGUUUGGGUUAUUUUCCUCACGUUGGCCGUUCAGUCCAGUCUCCAAAUGUCGGCUGCUUGAAAUCGGAUCGGGACACUUUUGAUACCCGAUACCUAUGGUCGAAAUAAAUUGAAGUACUCGUGAAUCAACGCAAAAUUUUCAUUUUCGAUCUAUUUUUUAUGAGAAUCGCUAUUGCAUGUAUAAAACUCUCAAAGAAACAGUUCAGCUUUGAGCAUGUGUGAUUCAAUUAUACAUCGGCAGAUCGCUGCCUGCGUCUGCGUUUGAGUCUGGGCUUAAGCCGCAGCGGGAGAAAUGUAGUUUACGUAGAUCAUGAUUUGUAAUCUUACGUAUCACGAACUUCUAAUGCAUGUGACACAAUGUGAUGGAGCUCCGCUCCGGGGGACAAGAGAGGCCGGGGUUCGAGCUUGCGAAGCCAAGAGCCAAUAGAAAAUCCGUUCGCCGGAAAUCAAGCUCGGCGGUGCCACCAACGGCCAAUAGGAAAAGCCCAUCACCGCUCCCGUGCGGGCCCCGAGAGCUCGUAAGCUUCCGACCGCAGCUCGGCGACGUCGUAAUUCGCGACGUUCCUCAGACAGGUACCGCGAAAGUCAUCCCAGCGCCGGGCCUAAUCGGAGUGUUCCGAGACGACUUCUACCAAACGUACCAAUUCGGCGCAGAGCACGUCGCCGGAUUCCAGUUCCGACGAGGGGACCAGAUCCUGCGCACCGGCAGCUUCAUCCCGAUCAUCUGGAGGUGGGUGUGCGACGGGACUGCUGAAUUGUUCCUCCACUGGCCUAGCACCGGCACCGGCGACGAGACCCCCGCUUGGUACAUGGUGGCCCAGAAACACAUCGAUGCUCCUGCCGGUGGCACGGAGCCCGGCACGACCUUCCAGGACCAGUGCCCGGUUCCGGUCAAUCGAGAGUUCCACCCCUCGGACGGCGAUUACAUUAUCCACCGGCAAAGCGCUCCCAGCACUGACCGGCCCUGGAGCAAGAGUUUCGAGUUGCGAAGCAUCCCGCACGAUUUCGACGAGCGUCGUCCUCCCGCUCUCUACGGGGCGGGAGAUGUCGCGGUCCGGAUCAGAGUCUCGCCGCCGCGGCUCGACGCCGGCGGGGAUCAGUUCGCACCCAUGCACGCUGACGGAUAUCUGUGCUUGGGAGGGGACCACCCGGUGGUCUACCGGUGGCGCUUCCUGGGCAGGGACCAUCACAUUUUCAGAGAUUAUGUCGAAAAGCUGAACGGCCUCCACCCGUCGCACCAGAUCCGACGGAGCCCCGUGCGCCCGGGAGACAUCGUCUUCAAUCUGGACGAGCCCUUGCAAGCGAUCGAGUCCUCCGGGCCCUCGUGGUUAGGCGGGCACGUCGCGCUCCACCGCGACGGACCACACCUAGGGACGCCCCCUGAUCGCGUUCGCGGAUCGAUGAUUCUCAGACUGGGCUCCUUCCGCAACGACCGCCCCGAGGCUUGGGCCGAGGGACGAGACCGGGGCACCGGGGUCGUGAAAUUCGGGCGAUGGGGUGAUGGCCCCGUGGAAAUGUUCGCCCAGAACCAGGGCUCGCCGACGGGAUGGGUUCGAGUGGUGAGCGAAGGUCUGCGGAUCAAUGGGAAGUAUCCUCCAGCUCUGACUCCAUUCAACGACCUGUUUCCUGACCCUCAGCACCUCGAGCUCGGGGACAGUCCCGAGGCCUUUCGGCCUCGUACUACAGAUAUCAUUUCCCGUCGAGAGGUGAAUUCGGUCUCCGGUCGUCGCCCCGCAAGGGAUUCCGAGCAUAUGCUGACGUCGAGCGGGGUUCCGGGAGGGUAUGUGAUGGUCGACCGUCCCAAGGACUCAGAGAUAAAGUACAAGGUUUUCUUCUGGAGCGGCGCAUAUCGGUGCAGAGAUCGGGACUGCCUGUUCCGUUUUGGCACCGAGCCAGCACAUCCGGAGGCCGGGAUCUGGGUUUUGAGUAUCGAGCUCUACACGUUCAGUCUUACCCCUCCCAAGUGGAGGGUUCCACGAUCGGAUUAUAAAGGUGAGUGGCGUUUGCGGGGUCGCGAUUUGGUUGUAUACCCUGUCGACCCCAGAAACAGGGGAAGAGAACCUGGGGUGAAGCUCGCAUGACACCCUCCGAGAGUAUUGUUGAGAUCAUGCAGAGAAACAGAAUAAAAUUGGCAGAACCAAGAGACAAGGUUCCACUAGAAAAGAAAGAUCGUCCAGUUCAGUGGAAGUAUGCGCGCGAAUUAUUAUGGAGCUGAUUCUUGACGAGACAUAAAGGCAUAACUAGGGAAGCCUAUGGCAGAGACCUAUCUAGUCUAAUUAGUAAGAUACUGUGAACGAUUCAACCUCUCCUUCUAAUUUCCAUGGCAGAGUACAGAUCCCUACUUGGUGAAUGGAUUGCAACCCCGUUUACCCUCCAUUGUGAUGACCCAAACUGUUGACACAAACUAAAAACGGUGACAAGUCAUCCUCCCUACAGAGGAAAAGAGGAUCCUUCUAAAAGACCCCUGCGUUGAUCAAAAGCGCACAGGUCAUGGAUAUUCCAGUUUGGACUAAUUUACAGACUUUCCUGAUCAAGUAUCAGCGUCCAGAAGCAAAAGCGGUAAUUCACUUCCUGAACAAAAUUCCACGGCAGUUUGGAGUCCACAUGCGAAAUCUCAAAUGCAGCAAUUUCCUUGACCACAGAAAGUGAUGAUUUUCCAAGGUUUUUGAAGAUUGGGCCUCAAGAAAGAGACGCACUUAUCUUCAAAUGAAGCAAAGCAACUAUAUGUGCAGCUAUUCCUUAAACAACAUGAAUGCAACUCGCAGAUAAGACUAUCAAAGUUUUCAAUAUGUGCCUAAAUAAAUUGUUCAGCUUAGCACUUUGGAAAUAUCUCUAUCCACAGUAGGUAGCUGCAGCCUCACUGCAUGACAUUGAACUAGUAUACCGUCCAGGAAAAAAAGUUGUAGAUUACAGAUUUGUGCUGAAUUGCGAAAUUGGAAUGAGUAAUUUUAGACAGACAUAAACAAAGCUAGUAGAAGCCCG